UUUUUCGACACAUUUUUAAUGAAAUUUUUCGACAUACUACACUAUGACCUUUUUUUAAUAUAGCUCUGGGAGGAUUCUAAAAUGAAAACACUGUAGCGUGCAGCGUGUUUCAUGGAGAAAUUCCAAAUUCUAAAUUCUAAAUUCUAAAAAUUCUUAAAAUAACUGUUCUGUGCCUAUAUUCAUCAGCCUCCCUGCACGGACUCCAUGAGCAUAUUAAGAUGGGGUCCGGUGCGUCUCAUCCGGUACAGCCCAAAAUUCCUAUAGCAGCAGCGUCCCUUUAUGGUUGGUAGGCUGACAGACAGACAGACAUCUUCCUAUUGGAAGCUGAGCGCGUCACAAUGAGGGCGGGCCCACUGUGGAGUGGUCCAGAUCAGAUCCACACAGCCAGUGUGUGUGUGUGUGUGUCACAGGAGGGAGGCUGAUGAGGGAGCCGCCUAAAAGCGUGCGGAGUUAUUGGAUACGUGUUGUUGCUAGGGGCGUGGGGGUUGUGCCGUGAAAUAUUCUAGUUUUCCCCCAAAAACCUUGAAAGAGAUGAAAUAUAUAGGAAGACAACAGUUGUAUCACCUGGACCACAGAUGCGCUGAGAGCUGAGAGAAACUGUGCCGCAGUGAGCAUUAUAUGUGAUAAUAAGCGCGUCUCUGUCCAACCCUGCUGCUGCUCUUCUCUCCAGGACCACAGAGAGGAAACAAGUACAUGCGAGGAUAGUUAAAGGAACAAUGCGGAGAAGCUGAGGUCACACUUCCUCGGAACUUAUUCAGAUUUUCACCCGGAACACCUGCUAUAUUCAUUUGCACCACACAGAGCACCGGGUGGAUGAGUCUCUACAGAGGAGAUGAUGAUGAUGAUGAUGACAGCUGCGCACUUGGGUCGUCUCGUGAUGUGUCUUUGGAGGGAUUAGUGCGCGGCACAGCCUCAACAUCCUUCUUCUAUUAUCCACUAUAGGCCGGAACAAAUUACAUUUUGUAUAGUUUUUCGCUUAUGCAAUGUGGAGGGAACUGCUUGAGCUCAUAUAGGCUGAACUGGAAAUGACAUCAACUUGACUAGAGCUGUGUGCUGUAUACUGCAGCAAGGUGGACACUAGGAGCAAUGCGCGCAUCCUCCUCCGAGCUGGACAUCUUGUGGGGGUGCUCCUCUGUGUCCUAAACAAAUCCAUAAAGGCCAUACAUCCUGAGCUGAGGAACUGCGUCACUGCAUGUUGCAGGUAUAGGCAGCAAACUCUCCCACCACCACCGAUGAGAGAGGAGCAUCAUGCUCAUCAUCAUCCUCCUCCUCCUCUCUGCAUAAUGUCGCCGGUAAGUGCUUAACAAUCUAGAGGAGGAGAUGGAUUCAAGCACAGAUCCGCCACUUGGAUCCACAUUUUCCUCAGCACCUGAUUUAGAUUCGGACAUUAAUGCAAAUGCACGUCGGCUUGUAUACCAGAAUGGGACGGAUCAUAAUGUUAACAUCCAGAAAGGAGCCAGUGACCCCAGCGCGUCCACAGACUACAGGGCGCUGGUCCGACAGAGGUUCAUCCGGAGGAGUUUGUGGAUGUCAGACUCUGAAGAGCAGCAGCAGCAGCAGCAGCAGCAGCAGCAGCAGGCAGUGGAGUCUGUCAGCAUCAGCCAGGUGCCUCGCAUUGACCUGCGGAGCAUCCGGACGCGGGUUCUGCAGGUAACCCCUCACCUGAGCCUCCAGGAGACCUCCAGCACAGAGGAGGAGAAGAGGAGCCACCAGGUGGGACUGAAGGACAGCGAGCACACAGAGAGCGAGAGUGAGGAGGAGAAGAAGAGAGAAGACAGCAAGAGUCAAGUCGAGGAGCCAAAGGUAGAGGUGGAGGUUGAGGUUGCAACCUCGGAUGUCACAGGUAAAGCAGGAAGUGACGAGAACGAAGAGGAACCCGGGAUGAAGGCCGUGUCCACUUCACCUGGGGGGCGAUUCCUCAAGUUUGACAUUGAGCUGGGCCGAGGGUCCUUCAAGACCGUCUAUAAAGGUCUGGACACCGAGACCUGGGUCGAAGUGGCGUGGUGUGAACUCCAGGAACGGAAAUUGUCCAAGGCUGAGAGACAGAGGUUCAAAGAGGAGGCAGAGAUGUUAAAGGCUCUCCAGCAUCCCAACAUCGUUCGAUUUUACGACUUCUGGGAAUCACCGGUCAAAGGGAAGAAGUGCAUCGUUCUGGUGACGGAGCUGAUGACCUCAGGGACACUGAAAACGUAUCUGAAGCGUUUUAAGGUGAUGAAGCCUAAAGUUCUUAGGAGCUGGUGCAGGCAGAUUCUCAAAGGCCUCCACUUUCUGCACACAAGGACUCCUCCAAUCAUCCACAGAGAUCUCAAGUGUGACAACAUCUUCAUCACUGGUCCCACAGGCUCUGUCAAAAUAGGAGACCUGGGCCUGGCAACACUGAAGAGGGCCUCCUUUGCGAAAAGUGUUAUUGGCACUCCAGAGUUCAUGGCCCCAGAGAUGUAUGAGGAGCACUAUGACGAGGCUGUGGAUGUCUACGCCUUUGGGAUGUGUAUGCUGGAGAUGGCCACCUCAGAAUAUCCUUACUCUGAGUGUCAAAACGCUGCUCAGAUCUACCGCAAAGUCACCAGUGGGGUGAAACCUGCCAGCUACAGCAAAGUCAGUGACCCAGAAAUUAAGGAAAUAAUCGGGGAAUGUAUCUGCAACAAAUGGGAGGAAAGGUACUCCAUCAAGGACCUCCUGAAUCACGCCUUCUUUGCAGAGGAUACAGGCGUGAGGGUGGAGCUCAAUGAAGACGAUGAUGGGAAGAAGUCAUCCAUUGCUCUGAAGCUGUGGGUUGAGGAUGCUAAAAAGCUGAAGGGGAAGUACAAGGACACCGGUGCCAUUGAGUUUUCCUUUGACUUGGUGAACGAGGUCCCAGAGGUUGUUGCCCAAGAAAUGGUGGAAUCAGGUUUUUUCCUGGACUGUGAUGUGAAGGUAGUUGGGAAGUCCAUCCGGGACCGAGUGGCUCUCAUCAAAUGGAGGAGGGAGCGGACUGUCUCGUCGGCAAAUGGCGAGGCAGCCGUGAAGAAGCCGCAGCAGAACCUACUGCAGGUGCCCGGUGCCGUUGUACCACAGGCACCUACAUUAGCUACGACAGAUUACGACGACCAAGAGGUGGAGCCGCAGACCUUGAUCUGCACCGUGCCAGCCGCCACGUCUACCACAUCUGACAGCGGAGUGAGCACUGCCAUGCAAUUAGAUAACCUAAACAAUCAGCAAGAUGGCCUUUACCAGUCGCUUCCAGAACCCAUUUCCACAGCUCAGAUGAUCUACAGUCCUCCUGCACAGGCAGACCCUCAGCUGCACCAGGGGCCCUACCAGCAACCCACAGCACAGGCCUCUCAUGAAAACUACACACUAACAUCCACUCAACUACACCAGGGAGCCUACCAGCAAACCACAGGUCAGCUGCAUCCUGGGGCCUAUCAUCAACCCGCAGCACAACUGCACCAGGGGCCUUGUCAGUCUCAAACACGUCACUACAGUGAGCCCUUUGUAUGCCAUGACAACCUGUUCAUCACUGAGAGCGCAGUGUGUUUCAGGCGUGGAAGCGCCUCCCUGGUUGAGAUGUUGCGGUGUAGGACACACUCUCUCACUAACACAAUGAAUGAAAGCCCCUGUCUGUGUCCGUCACAGGAUCUAGCUUCAACAAAAAGCACAGAGAACUCAGCGCAUGCCACAGACUUCCUAUCCUCUAACUCGGCCCAGAAUCCAUCAUUAUUAUCUUUCCCAUUGCCCCCACAUCAACACUCUCAUCGUGACUCAGCAAGUCAUUUCAGUUCAUCUCUCCUUCCCCUGAAUUUACAACCUCCCUCAGAGCUCCGUCUGAGCGUGCCACGUAGUCCACUGCCCCGCCGCCACUGCAAGGCUUGCAUGUCUCUCCUCCUGAGGGAUAAGACAAAGGAAGAUGCAUCUCUGGGACAAACACAUGUACGCUCUUUCUGUACCUCUGCCCAGUUUACUCCAGUCUCUAAGCCGAGCUCACCCACAUCUCCUCAUCUGGUAAAGUCUCCUCCAGUCACUCUGCCUUCUCUUUUGGCCUCUCCCCCAUCAUCAAACGGUCAACCAACCCUGGUGAAUUCAUCUUCACGUCUUUCCCCACCCUCAAAAGUUAGGCACCCACGGAGGUCGUACGAAGGUGGAGAUCUCACUCUUCUCGACCACUGUCUCCAUCACAUCGUCAGUCGCAGGACCAGUUCCCCCACCCUCUCUGCUAGUCGUCCAAUGCACAGCCACGGGGAGGUGGGGGGUACUGCCUCCUCAGCAUUUGAGCAUGUAGACAAGAGGCUGAGCCUGGAUGUGCCACUCUUUUCUAGCCCAUAUCUGGACAGGACUCGGCUGUUAUCAGCACAUGACAGUGAAGGCAGACCAGAUACACUGACAGCUUCUGCUCCAGCUACACCAGCCCCUAUUGUGCACCAGAGUAGACAGACAGCACAGAGCUUCCCAGCUGCAGCCCCCACUCUACAGCCACAGCUUACUGCCCAACCCAGCCAUGAGCAGUGCCAUCUCCAACCAGCUGCUGUUCUGCCCCAGUUUCCCUCACCAUAUCCUGUUGUUCAAAUAGGGGGCCUCAAGCCCUCUCCCUUCCCCCCAGCUCCUCUGCCCUGUGCCUACAGCAGCAGUGGCCCUCUUAUGUCUAGCUCCCACUACUCACCUUCACCCCGACAUCCCUCCCUACCUCUGACCCCUCACGCUACCCUGCCCUCUAUACCCACUCUCAGCACCCCUCUGACCCCUCUGUCCACACCUCAGCACGUGCCCAAUGUGGCUCUCUCUAUUCCACACUUUGCCAUGUCCCCUGCAGUGCCCCAGCAGCAGGGCGGCCCUCUUCCAUCUCAGGCAAACCUCGGUAGCUUCUAUACCACCCACCCCAUACCUCUCUCCCAGGUACAACCCACCCCAUACCCCGCCCCCUACCCUGAGCAGGAACUGGCUCAGCCGCCUGUCCAGGUACAGAUGAUUGCACCACAGGGUAAUUUAGAAGACAUUCACCUGUGGGCUCCAGUCCAUCCUGUCUUGCCUGCUGUUCAGCCUCCUCUCUGGGGAAGCGGAGUAGACGCCGAAACGUCUGCAGCCGGCCGAGACUUGAUUGUAGCUCCUACAGUCCCAACCCCAGCCUCAAUCUCGGCUACAGCCCAAGUUGAAACUCAAGCCCCAGCACAAACUCCAGCACAAAACCAACCACCGCUCCCAAUAUCAGUUCAAGCUCCAGUCAUGCCUCAAACUCCAGCUUUGACCCUUGUUAAUGCCCCAACUUCAGUCCCAAUGCAAGUUCCAACAUCAGUGCAAACCAUAGCCCCAGUUCAAGCACCAGGCUCUGCAUCGGGUCUCACUUUUGGAACACCAAAAGGCUCAUCUACAAGCUCAGAUACAUCUUCUGCAAUUGGUAAACCCAAACACUCAGUGCCAGGUUUAGGCUCUGCCCAGAUCCCUGGCACGCUGCCAGACCCAGCUCCUGUCGCAGCUCCAGUUCUGCAGCCUGCUGGCAUCCAGACAGCAGUCUCACUGUCUGAGUGUGCCAGCCUGGCCACACCUCAGCAAAACUUCGAGUUGACAUCUGCAUCUAGCACCCUUCAACAAGAGCCCUGUGUAGAGGAUGUGCUUCAGGACAAACCCGUAUCUUUACCCAGUUAUUUCUAUGACAGCGUCAACUCUGACGUGGCAUCAGGUAAGGAAACAAGUGACGGCUAUGACAGCUUGGCUAGUGGAGGGAAGGGCGACGGAAAACCCAGGAAACACCACCGCAAGUCUGCCCGCACACGCUCCCGGCAGGAAAAGACCAGCAAACCCAAACUGAGCAUGCUCAAUGUUUCCAACACUGGGGAUAAAAUGGUCGAAUGUCAGCUGGAGACUCACAACCACAAAAUGGUGACAUUUAAAUUUGAUCUGGAUGGAGAUGCACCGGAGGAAAUUGCCACUUACAUGGUAGAGAACGGGUUCAUCCUACUUUUAGAGAAGGAGAUCUUCAUUGACCAGCUAAAGGACAUUGUGGAUAAAGCUGAAGACAUGCUGAAUGAAGACUUGGAGGGUGAAAGGGCCUCCGCCUUGAGUUGUAGUCCUGAACAAGGCCAGCUUUCGGAGGGGCUGGUCGGAGAGAGUCAGCAGCCUGGAGGACCUCAGCCUGUCUAUCAGCAGAAUGUUCUUCAUACAGGAAAGAGAUGGUUCAUAAUCUGCCCCGUAGAGGAGACGCCCACAUCCAGCCAGGAAACCCCGUCUGAUGGUACAGCUACACAGUCUCCCGGGAGUUCAGCCAACACCCAGCCUGCUGACAGUGGCACUGCAAGGCCGUCUGUAUCCAGAGAAGAGGGGUCGUCCUCCACAAUGUCUGGUGGAAGUGGAGGCUUCACCUACGAUUUGUAUGGAUUCUGUAGCCCUCCGAUAAUGUCCAACACAGACCCUCUCCUCUUAGCUACUCUGUCUCCCCCUGUGUCUGCUCCCCCGACCCUUCAGUCAGUGACCUCGGUGGAGCCUGUGGCCAGCUCGGUGCAGCCCAGUGUUCAUCAGGCCCAGCCAGCCAGAGCUCAAACUUUGCCCCCGUCAUCCCCACAUACGUCUUUCCCAGUGGAUGAGUCACAGGGAUCCCCUUUGGGCUCCGUCUCCCCGAUCCAAGCAGCUCAGCAGAUGCCCGACAUGACAUGUCCUGUUUCUAUGGCUGACGAGGUGCCGUGCUGCCCUCUGGUCAUGCCCCUGUCUCUGGAUGUGAGCGGUUUACAGGCCGGGUCUCCUCUCACUCCUCUUCCACUCCAGGAGCCAGGUUCAGCCAAAGAGCCGCUGUCUGUCUCCUACGCGUCAGCAGUGCGCAGCGAGCGCCCACAGCAGCCCGUGGUGAUGCACCAGCCGUUUUCCAGCGUGGGGGGGACCAAAGUGUCCUCAGUACCCCAGAGCCCAGCGCCAUCCCAGCACGGCGCAGGGCCCGGGGAGUCAGACGGUGAAGGAAGGCUGGGCCGCGGGGGCUUUGUGGACAGCACCAUUAAAACACUGGAUGAGAAGCUAAGGAACUUGCUCUACCAGGAAUAUGCUCCCAUGUAUCCAUCAGGCAGCGUUGCAGAGACACCAGGCUCCGGCACCGAGUACAUCCAGUCUCCUCCUGGUCCAGACAGCGCCGCAGGAGGGUCAGGAAACAGCACUCCAGGGCUGAUGGGGGAGGGACGCUACAGGGCAGGAGAACAGCUGCCUCAAAUUCCAGAGCGAAUGGAUAGUUUGAGCACGCUGAGUGACUCAGCCGUGUGUGCUUCCCUGUCAAGAAGACACGUUCCUCACUCUGCUUCCUGCUCUGGAACAAGAGGCCGAUUUAAGAUAAUGUCUGUUCCUCCUGAAGUGGCCAAUAGACGAGAUGUGAAGCAGAGGAGCUGGAGCAGCGCUGCCUCACCGGCGCACCCUAUAGGAUACAACGAGGACCACGGCCAGGCUGAGGCCAUGUCCGCAUCCACCACAAUUGGCCGUUUCUCUGUGGUUAGCACUGAAGAUGACAUUACGCAGAGGACGCGCUGCAGCCGCUAUUCUGCACCGCCUGAUUUCUACCUGGACACACCUCCGUCCAUGGCCAAGCGGGCCUCCCUGCCUCACGCCCUGACCUCGAACUCUGUCUCUGUGGAUGUCACGGUCCAUGCUCGUUUCCUCUCCUCAGACUCGGGGGCUGAGAGCAGCCCUGCAAAGCUGGCUCCUGCCACGCCGUCUCAACAUACUCGCUCUGAGCGCAGAGGAAGUGACCUCAUGAAGAGGGCAGUGGCCUUCCUCCGUCGUUCAGGGCGCAGCAGCAGCGUGCAGAGCUCUGACUCGCCGAAUAGGCACGGAGGCGUGCAUGGCUCGGCCUAUGCCAGCAGUGAUAAUGACUCAGAGAUGGAGGACUCGGACAUGAAGAGGGAACUACAGAGGCUCAGGGAGAAACAUCUGAGGGAGAUCUCUGAGCUGCAGGCCCACCAGCGGGGGGAAGUGGAGCUGCUGUAUCGCCGGCUUGGCAAAGCCCCUCCUACUGGCCUUGGUCUCUCGCACGUUGCACCACACGCCGGUCGUAGGAAGCGGUCCAGCAAGCACAGACUGAAACCUGGCAAACUUCUCAGCCCUCUGGUCCAACAAUUUAGAAAUGUCACAACCAAAACUAGUGACUCCAGCAGAUCCAGUGCUGCUGCAGGUGCAGGUGAGCCCACAGUCAGUUUAAAUGGCUCUCCAGCCAAAGGGUCUUUACCCACUCACGGCAGGGCACGGUCAUGCACCAGCCACCUUCCCAGCUCAACCACAGAGCCCGUACAGACUCAGCAGCCCUGUUCCCUCAAGGGAUCGUUUUCUUCUGAUAAUAUUUACGCGGGACUACGCGGAGACGGCACCGGCACUCAAGCUCCACCCGGACAAGGCUGGUCUAAUCAACCUCAAACAUCUGAGAGAGUGACCUAUAAAUCGAGUAGCAAGCCUCGAGCUAGAUUUCUCAGUGGGCCUGUGUCUUUGUCUAUCUGGUCAACACUGAAGCGAUUGUGUCUCGGCAAAGAGCGUGGCAACAGGUCUGGAGCCGGGCCAGGGCCUUUCAAUCAAUCACAGCAGCCGCCUACCGGUGCCACACCUCCUUCUCAUCAGCCAGUGAUGGGGCUGGCCCAAGCUCAAGCCAAUAACAGCAACAACAAGACAGGCACAUACACUGGCUCAUCCAUGAGUGCCAACGAAAACAACCUGCCUGAAGACUUGCAGCGGCUGAUGGAGGACUGGGCCCAGGAGGUUCUCAUCGUCACCCACAGGCCGCGCACCAACUCUCUGAGCAUCAGUGGGCAGCAGCUUUGGAAUCAGGUUGUGCCUCGAACACGUGGACAACUGGCUAGUGCUUCAGAUGUAUCAUGGACAGCUUCGGGUCCAGAGGCCUGCAGUCUUCCCGUGUCAUGGCCCGAUAGCCCCGGGUCAACAGUGAUGACCGGCCCCUCCACAGGGCCAGGUUAUCAGCUACACUCUCCUGCUGCGUUCAGGGCCUUGUCCUCAUCUCUUUCUGUUAGCCAGUGGCCUGGGUUGCUCUUCCCCCUUCCUUCAGGAGUCUUUGCCUUUCCUGCUGUGCCCUCAGCCCAGGACGCCCACAGCCCCAUUCCAGCUCCAUCGUAUCAGCCGCCCGACCCCAAAGCCAGGACUCUCUAACCUGAGUAGCAUUGUGUCUUCCAACUCCGUUACCAAAAAGAAAUCUCAUUCUAGGUCUAGUCAAUCUUAUGUGCAUAUACUGUAUAUAUUUAACCAGCAUGUAUUUAAUCAUAUGUACAUACUUGUCUCCAUUUUUGAGUUUUAUGUUAUUUGUUUAAUUUGCAUCAACAUACCUCAUGUCCAUAUUACAGUACAUAACCCCUUGAGUGCAGUGUAAUGGUAGUAGUACAUUAAAAGAUAUAUAAUUAGCCCAAUCAGGCUUAAAAGAGCAGAUUUUUUGUUUUUGCUUAUAAAUGUACCUUACCACUCAUUGAAUGUACAUACUGUACUGUUCAUUCAUGGUACGUUUAUAUAAAUAGUUCAUGUUUGUGUUGCUCAUAUCACCCCUACCGUAUAUAUAAGAUGCAGUGUGUAUAUAUAUGAAUUCUUGUUAGUCUGUACAUAGCUCCUGUGUUUGUACAGUUAACAUUAGAUAAUCCAUUGGUCGGUGCUGCAGAUAUGUGUCUUAAUGCAACACCUUAUUAGCCACCAUCAUGCCGUCACUGUGAAGACUUGACAUCCUGGUCACUAGGACCGGUUGCUUUAAUCUGCUCUCUCAGUCAAAGGAUAGGUUUCAUUAUUCAUCGAUGAAAUGCUUCCAGCACAAGCGCUUGAAAUAUCCUUAAGAGAUUUGAAUGAACUUGAAUUUUAUCUUCAGGUGAAAAAAACACCUGCGAGAGUGCCUUGAAUUGCAGUUUCAGUUUUAUGAAGAAAAGCAUUUAGAUUAAAUGCAGACACUAGAUAUUCUAUAUAUGCUUUCACCUCCGAAGGUAAAUUAUGUGAUUUGAAUAAUGAAUGUGGAUUGUCACAUAUUUAAUUUAGCGACUAAACAUAAUUAAACACUAUAAUCUGGUCAUGUUGCAGUCCAUAAAAUAUCACAGAUUGUAAAACAAAAUUCGGUUCACUGAAGUAAUUUUCUCGUGAGAUUUGCUCUGCCACGUGCUCCACCGCCUGCAUGAAUACAUUGAUAUUCUGAAUGUGCACAGGUUGAUGUGGUGAGUUACAGGAAGGAUGUUGUUGGCAUUGAAACCAUGAUGCGACAAGGAGGGCUGAAAGACUCGACAUACGAGCCAAAAUCAUAAUCAUACCAUACCUCUAUUAAUGCAGUCUGUAGCUUUACAUAUGGUUGCCUUUGUGGUUUUUAAGAGAUUACUGUGAGGUUGGUUGUUGUUUGAUAAAUGUUGAUGAUGUUAAAGGCACAUGAAGAAUGUGAAGAAGCCACAACUGUUUGACAUGUUAUUUGUACAAUGCAUAGGUUUUCUAAAUUAUGUUUAUUCAGUGCUGGCCUCACAAGAUCAUCCGGCUCAUACAGCUAAUUGUAUGUAUUAUGGCUGACUUAAUUCAAAGAUCUGCAACAAAUAUUACGCUAUCACGCUAUGACUUAUUUCAAUAGUGCAGCCUCAAAAACUUUCAAUACUUACUUCUAUUAUAUAACUUUUAUUAGCUAAUUUCCCUCCGAAGAACAGUUUGUUGAAUGCAUCAAUGUUUUGAUGUAUUCUGUUGAAACGAAGCAGUGGCAGAAAUCUACAUAGUCAAGAAGUAGGUUGGGUGUAAUGAUUCAGAGUAUGGGUCAAGCUCCAGAAAUGGAACCUACAUUUCCCAUAAUGCAACUCAGUAGCAUCUGUGACAUCUUCAAGGUUAUUUUUUAACAUUUUGGAAAGCUGAUGAGUAAACUGAACUUUAUGUAUAAAGUUGGUGGAGUGCUGCUUUAAAAAUCCUUCCAUGUUUGCACAGUGUGACAACAUUUUGAUUUGAAUAUUUUGUCUUAAUGGCAUAAUUUCCAUGACGACAUAUAGGUUAUUUUUCUUGAGAACAUCUCCUAUGCAGCUAUUUUCUUUGUGCUUUACACAGUAACUCCUGUAUUUGAUCUCUUUAACGCUCGCAAUGAAAGCUAGGUGUAUGGUUCCUUUUGCCUGCUGUAUCACCUGUUUUCCCCGCCAUUUCCUGACCUCGUCAGAUCGGUACUCUUUCACGAAAGCUGUACAUACUUGAAGACAGAAAUAAUAAAUUCAUUUUUGCUUGACACUAUAA